UUUCUUAAUUAUCGAUCAUCGAAGAGACUGUAUUUUUUGAAGAUCUUUCAAUCUUUCUGGCGGAAUUUCAGAGAAAAGCAUGACAGUAUUUCACUUCUUCAACUGUGCGAUUCUCACUUUUGGCCCUCACGCCGUUUACUACUCCGCCACUCCCUUCAAAAACGAUCUCAACCUAGCAGUCCAAGGGGAUUUCUCAAAAACUCCAUUCAAUCAAACGAAGAGUAUUCUGAAACGGCUAAUCGAAGCAAAGAGAUCGUAUGAGACCUCUCGCGGCCAAUACAGACGAGGAGCAGCGCACGCAGCAGAGGCACGUAGUGACGAGAAGCUGGAGGCUCGAUUCGAGCAGAUGGAAAAGAAGCUGCUAGAGGCAAUGGAGAAAUCCAGAGCGCCUCCACCUCCUGCUCCCAAGGAGAAACCAUAUGUGCCACCACCGCCGGAGGAGCACCAUUACUAUUACUGCGAGUUCCUCCUGAAGUGGAGCCGCAAACUCAGGUGAAUGCCGUCGGCCAUUUGAACCUAAAUGGCAACUGGAUCCAGGGAAAGCAAAGGGAUGCUCCGUGGAGAGACCAUCCCAAUUUCAGGUGGAGUGACCAGAGCCAAGGCCAACCGCAUCAACCAUCCACACAACAAAUACAACCCUCCGAGGGGCAGUCCAAUUGGCCCGCUCGAAAUCAAGAGAGACCACAUAAUGGAGGAAACAGGAUGCAAGGUGGUCAAGCGAACUGGUCAGGCGGACCACAAGACAAUUGGUCAAGCGGUCACCGGGGCAACUGGUCCAGUGGAGGACAGCCUAACUGGUCAGGCAGACAACAGGAAGGAAACUGGGGUUACAAACAUCAAAGCCCCCAGUCGAGCAACACCGCAAGGCAACCCAAUAAUCAGGUGGUGAGCUAUGUCCCGCCGCAUCAAAGAGGCAACAAACAGCACCAGUGGAACCAACAAUACUCCCAAGGAAAUCAACAGCAUUAUCAGCCACAGUAUCAGCCAGAGCACUAUGGGACAUCCGACUACCCUCAGCCUAACCACGGUGGAGGGCCUUCGAAUCAAAGAUAUAACCGGCAACCCAAUGAAGGUCCGGGAGAAAUGAUGGUUCCACACCAUCCUAAUGAUGCGAUGCGUGAGAUUCAGGAGGCUCAGAAGGAGCAGAGGGCAGCGCUGGACAUGCUUACAAAGCAAUUAUCUCAAGUCGCCAUGUUGCUGGGAGAGCUGAGAGGAAACGAAGGGAAGAUCCCUGUCACGGUGCAAUCGCCUUGGCGGGAGAAUAUAAGCGAAGUCUCCCUGAGAUCAGGGAAGGUAUACCAGAACCCCAGCUCACCUGUGGUACCCCCAGUAUCUAUGCCUGGACCAAGCCAAGAAGAAGAAGGAGAGUCCAGUCCCCAUGAUCAAGCCAAAGGAAGAGACAAAGGGAAAGCGAAAAUGGGCGACGAGACCUCAGGAGAAAGUCAAGGAGAAGAAGCUGAGAAGGUCAAGCCCUACCCAUAUCGUGGAAUGGUCACCGGGAAGAGAGACGCCACGAUCAAUGUGGCCAGUCUGUUCAAGGAUGUGGAAGUCAAGGUGCCACUCUUUGCGGCAUUAAAGAUGCCCCCAAUCAGCAAGUUUAUAAAGGACUACCUGGAGGGGAAGGUUAAUGAAGAAGGAAGAAUGAUCGCAGAAGAGAAUGUCUCUGCAGUAAUCCAGCGAAGCGAUCUUCCAUCAAAGAAAACCGACUCAGGGAUGUUCACGCUCCCGAUUUCAAUUGGGGAUAUUCAAGUGGAACACGCAAUGUGCGAUUUAGGGGCAUCCAUCAAUGUUCUACCGUAUGCUAUCUACAAAAAGCUGGGAGAGGCUAAGCUGGUCGACACCGACAUCAUGAUACAGCUAGCCGACAGAUCUUGCAUUCACCCUGAAGGAAUUCUUGAAGAUGUAAUAGUGAAGGUGAACAAUUUUCUGUACCCAGCCGACUUCUUCGUCAUCAAGAUGACAGAGCCAGCAGCGAAGGAGUCCAGCGGAGUUCUAUUGGGAAGACCGUUCCCGUCUACGGCCAGCACUAUAAUCGACGUCCGUAAUGGGACGAUCAGUUUGGAUUUCAAUGGAGAACAGUUUACAUUCAAUAUUGACGAAGCAAUGAAGAGGCCAGCAGACAGUGAAAACGUGUAUUCGGUGGAUGUGACCGAGCCGCUGGUGCAGGAGUAUCUGGAGGAGGAGUUCCUACAAAGGCAGUUCACAGAAUCCACUGCGGACGAAGAGGUUGAGAGAGAAGUCGUCGACAGGUAUGAAGCCAUGGACGUCGGUGAAAUGGAUGAUCAAGCCAUCGCGAAAGCGGUGAUGGAUUUCUGCGAACGACCGCAACCAGCUGGGUCAAGCGGGAUCGCUCAAGUGUGUAGCCUCGAGAAGCUGCCUAAUCAAGGCAAGCCACUGAGAAGAGAAACGGAAGAAAAUCCUCUGCCUACUGAAAUGCCGAUGCCCCGCAAAGGAAUUGAAGCCCCUUCCAGCACAUUUGAAGUACGCCUAUCUGGGGGAAGAUGAAACAAAGCCAGUUAUCAUCAACAGUCAGUUGACCCAGGGGCAGGAAGACAAAUUGCUGGAAGUACUGAGGCGAAAUCAGAAGGCCAUCGGGUGGAAGUUGACAGAUCUUGUGGGCAUCAGCCCAGAUUUAUGCAUGCACCAUAUCGGGUUGGAAGAAGGAGCUAAACCACACCGUGACCAGCAACGCAAACUCAACCCCAACAUGAGGGAAGAGGUACUCAAGGAGAUAGUCAAGCCGGUCUCCAUACGAAUUAUCUACUCCAUUCCUGAUAGCAACUGGGUGGGUCAGUGUCAGUCCAGUUCAUAUGGUGCCGAAGAAGGACGAAAUCUAGGUGGUAAAGAACGAGAAGAAUGAGUUGAUCCCAACACGACCCGUCACUGGGUGGAGGAUGUGUAUUGAUUACAGGAAGCUGAACGCGGCCACAAAGAAAGAUCAUUUCCAGUUGCCAUUCAUUGACCAGAUGAUUGAGAAGUUAGCCGGGAAACAAUACUUCAGUUUCCUCGAUGGAUACAGUGGCUAUUUUCAGAUUGCAGUGAAUCCAGAGGAUUAAGAAAAGACUACUUUCACAUGCCCCUUUAGCACCUACGCCUACAGAAGAAUAUCAUUUGGCCUCUGCAAUGCCUCAGACACCUUUCAAAGAUGCAUGAUGAGCAUCUUCUCUGAUUUGUGGGAGGAUUGUAUAGAGAUCUUCAUGGACGAUUUUACCGUCUAUGGGGACACAUUUGAUCAAGGGCUACAUAGCCUAAACAGAGUGUUGGAGAGGUGCUGGCAAAAAGACCUGGUUUUGAACUUUGAGAAGUGUCAUUUCAUGGUCACCGAAGGCAUUGUCCUGGGCCACGUGGUGUCAAGCAGAGGGAUAGAGGUUGAUCAAGCUAAUAUGGCCGUUAUUGCAAAACUCCGGUACCCAACAAAUCAAAAGGAGA